ACGGAAGCUUAUCUUCUUUUGCCAAAGGCGUACUUUAAUAUAUAUUAAAAAGUUGUUUUAAUUAAAUUUUUCAAUACUGUGUAAGAUGAUAGGCGUGGAAUAAAUCAACUUGAUUAUUAUACGGUAUAUUUAAGUAAGUGAAAUUCAUGCUAAAAUAUUAAUGUAAAAUUAAAUACUUUCAAUAUUAGCAGACCUAAUACUUUAAUUUUCAAAGUUGAAUUUAUUUUAGAAGUUAAAUUUAUUUUCAUUUUUAAAACUAGCUCAAUAUUUUUUUACACGAUGAAUUUUGUGAGCAUUUACAUAAUAUUUAUCUUACAUUACUUUAUGCUAUGUAAUGGAGCUAAGAUAUUGUCAAUUGAAUCAAUAGCUGGCAAAUCUCAUUGGAAUUUUUUAAGUUCAGUAUUGAAUGAGUUAUCCACCGAACACGAAGUCACUGUAUUGACACCAUUUUUGGACGGAAAUCGUGAAAACUACACAGAAAUAAACAGUGAAUCACUGCACUACUUAAUUUUGGAUUUGGAUAUAACAUUUAUGUUUAAAUUUUUCAAAAAUCCAAUUAUGAGUCUAUUACUUUUAACUAUAUAUCAACGAAAGUUUUGUGAUAGACUGAUAGAUCAUGAGUUUGUUAAGAAAAUUAUUCGUGGUGAACAAAAAUUUGAUAUAAUUGUAUUGGAACCGUUUUGGUCUUCAUGUACGGCAUUUAUAGGUCAUAAACUAGGAAUUCCUCAAAUAUAUGUUGUGCCGACACCAAUACCAACACAAUCAAUGCCACUAUACACGGGUCUCUACUAUAAUCCAUCUUAUGAAUCACAUUUUUCGUAUCCAAAGAGAAUACCAAAUGGAUUUUACGAUAGAUUAUCUAACACUGUGUUAUUUUUGACGACUAUUACGAUUCCUUGGUUGGUAAAUACAGUGCAAAAUUUAUAUAAUAAAAAAAUGUAUGAUAUUGAAGAAUUAAAACAUGAUCCCUCAUUAAUUUUUGUAAAUGGAAAUCCUAUAACCGAUGUUCCUAAAGUAUUACAACCUAAUGUUAUUAAUGUUGGUGGAAUUCACUUGAAGACGCCUAAAGAAAUACCAGAAGAUAUCUAUGAAUUUAUUGAAAGCUCUAAUGAAGGUGUUAUAUUUUUCUCUUUUGGUUCUUCUUUGUCUAUGUCAACGCUACCAGAAAAAAUUGAAAAAGCAUUCAAAGAAGCUAUUGCACAACUUCCACAAAGAGUCCUCUGGAAAUACGAAGGUGAAAUGAAAGAUAAACCAGCCAAUGUGAUGACAAAAAAAUGGUUUCCACAACGAGAUAUUCUCUUGCACCCGAAAGUAAAAUUAUUUAUUAGUCACGGUGGUAUUUCGGGAAUGUAUGAAGCUGUUGAUGCAGGCAUCCCAGUGCUUGGUUUUCCUAUAUUUUAUGACCAACCAAGAAAUAUGGCGAACUUAGUUGAUAUUGGAAUGGCAAUUAGCAUGGAUUUGUUUUCAGUUACAAAGGAAACCUUAUUUGAUGCUAUCAAUAAAAUAAUAAAUGAUGAAACGUAUACGAAAAAUGCUAAAGAAAUAUCUAUUCAAUUCAAAGACCGACACAUGUCUCCAGCUGAAACGGUAGUUUAUUGGACUGACUAUGUCAUACGACACAAAGGUGCGCCUCAUUUAAAAUUACAAGCUUUAAAACUGUCAUGGUAUCAGUUUUUCUUAUUGGAUGUUAUAUCUGUAAUAGUUUUUCCAUUAUUAUUUAUUUUGUAUAUCUUAUUCAAGUUAAAUAGAAUUUUUUUCCGAGAUAUUAAAAAAAAUGUAUAAUAAAACAAAACUGACAAUUUAAUGUUAAAAUAUUGUUUGUUAAUUUCUUCCAAAAUAAUUAAAAUAUUAAAACAAACUUUUUUUUUUACAUUUUUAAUAACAUAUGAUUCUUGAUAUAAUAGUUAGUAAGAAU